GCAGAGGAGGCGCGCACACACAAAGAGGGAGAAAGCAUCAGCGCCUCUCUGCGCACAUUUCAUUGUCCCAAAGCCUGGAAGGAGGAGAGCAACUGGACAGAGCUCCUCUUUUCAGGAAAUUAAAAGAUUCCUGCCCUACCGCUGCUUUUUGAACCCGGCUCUCCAGCCCUCAGCCAUGAAGCGAUAGUUCGCGCUUGGAUCUGCAGCAGCUUUCACUGAGCGACACCUGCGCUCACUCCCUGCUCCGCUCCGCUUUCUCCCUUUUGUCUGGCACAUCUCUGCGGCUCCCGGCCAGAAGCGCAGGAGAGGAGGCGGAGGAGGUGGAGGAGGAGGAGGAGGAGAGGACGGAAGAGGAGCGGGGUGUACCUGACACCCGCAGCCGCGCAAUAGAAAAAAGAAAAGAAAAGCAAAAACAGCCCGGACCGGAGUUUCAGUUUGACCGGCGCUUUGUGCGGGUUGGAGCGGGACGCACGCUGAAAACUCUCUCAUAUCCAGCAGGAACGCAGGAGGGGAGCAGCUUCCUUUCCAGGGCUGUCAAAGUGAGCUGAAGAGGCUUGAAGAUGCGCCUCUCGGUGCUCCUGUGCGCCGUGGCGGGUUUGUGUGCGGCCCCCGGCUCCGUGUGCGGGGCGGACAGGAGCUGCGCGGACCUCCGGCAGUUCUACACCGGGAAGGGGUUCACCCUGGAGGGAGUCCCGCAGACUGAGAUUUCAGGUGAACAUCUGAGGACGUGUCCUCAGGGUCCAACCUGCUGCACCAGCACCAUGGAGGAAAACCUGGCCGGUGUGAGCACCCAAGAGACCGUGGGACUGAUCAGAGAGGCCGGCAGGUCCCUGCAGGCGUCUUUCAACUCUCUCCACAGGAGCUUUGACACCUAUUUUACAGAUCUACAUGGUCGCUCUGAGCGCUCGCUGCAGGAGGUGCUGUCUCCCCUCGGCUCCCUGUACUCCCAGAACAACCGUCUGUUCACAGAGCUCUACACCAACCUGCGCCAGUACUACCGGGGCUCCGCCCUCAACCUGGACGAUAGCCUGUCCGACUUUUGGUCCCAGCUGCUGGAGCGAAUUUUUAAAGCCUCUGCUCCCACGGAUGUCAGCCUGUCAGAGGAUUACCUCGAAUGUGUCGCCAAGCAGCAGGAGACGCUUCGGCCGUUCGGAGACAUCCCCCGGGACAUGAAAACCAAGGUGAUCCGGUCUUAUGUCACUGCCAGGUCGUUCGUCCAGGGGCUGUUAGUCAGCGCAGAUGUGGUCAAGCAGGUCUCACAGGUGUCUCUUGCCGAGGAGUGCUCGAAAGCCUUAAUGAAGCUCGUUUACUGUCCUCACUGCCGCGGCUUGGCCUCCGUCAAGCCCUGCUCCAACUACUGCUCAAAUGUGAUGAAGGGCUGCCUGGCCAACCAAGCUGACCUGGAUCCAGUGUGGCAGGAGCUCAUAGACACAAUGAUCCAAGUAGUGUCCAGUUUCAGCACAGAACCGAGGCUCGAUGUGGUUCUGUCUUCCAUCCCUGUGCGAAUCUAUGAAGCUGUGCACCACCUGCAGGACAACAUGGACACAUUUACAGCUAAAGUGUCCCAAACAUGUGGAGCUCCAGGUGAACCAGGAACAGGUAGUCCACCCGCCCAGGAGCAGAGGAAAAAGAGUGGCUCGCUGACUGCAUUGGAAUACAAACCCUCCCCAACGGUUGGACUCAUACUGGAAAUGCAGGUGACAGAUCUUUCCAGUAAGCUGAGGGAGAUGCGUCAGUACUGGGUCCAGCUCCCUGUAGCGCUGUGCAGCAAGUUGUCAGCAGGGAGCAACAGCCAGGAUAACUGCUGGAAUGGCAUUACCAAAGCCAGGUACCUUCCAGGGGUGAUGGGUGAUGGUUUGGCAAAUCAGAUCAACAACCCAGAAGUCGAUCUUGACAUCACAAAGCCAAUCAUGAAAAUACGACAGCAGAUCAUGCAACUCAAAAUAAUGAACAACAGGCUAAAAGACGCGCUGGAAGGCAAGGAUGUGGACUUUCAGGAUGCAAGUGAGGAUAUCAGCGGCUCAGGAAGUGGGAUGUGUCUGAGCGGUCAGUGUGCACGGAGCGGACCGGGACUAUACGCCUACUCGCCGGAGACCAACCUCGUCGGUAGAGCAGCCACCGUUCACAUCAGCGUCUGCAACCUCCUGCUGCUGCUCCCGUUUGCUAUCCUGCUGCUGCAGCGAUGAUGGGGCCCCCCUUCGCCACCAUGUUGGAAAGGGCUCUGAGGGGCCUGAGGACUGAACCAUGGGAAAUGGGGUUGAACGGGACGAAGAGUGGAACGUAACUUUGCCAAAAAAAAAACAUUUUGUUGAAUGGAGGAACAUUUUCCUUGACUCAAGGGAAUGACCAUACUCUUUACUUUGCUGAGCUUCAAUGUGUUUUAGUCUGAAUGUGAAUUAGUGUGCUCAGUGGCUGUUUUGAUGAGGAUGUUUGAAAAAAGACCGUGACAACGAUGGAUGCUCAUAUCGAAGUUGCCUGUGUAGGUCCAGUUUCCAGCCAGCAGGUGACCCUGUCUGUGGUACAAUCACCAGUUGUUGUUUUUUUUUUUUAUUCAAGUUUGUAUGAGUUAAGCAAAGUGUGUACGCUGUAAAUGUUUGUGUUCCUUACCUUAAAGACUGGCACCAUACUGAGCCAUGAAUGUACAACACGAUACUCUACUGGCAAUGAAAUCCACAUUAUCCGUGAUGUAGAUGUCCAGACACAUCAUUUGCUACAUUCAGUUUCAAAUGAUGCAGAAAAAUCGUUGCACUCCUGAAAUGUCUGACUUGUUGUGAUUGCACCAGUUUAGCUUACCUUUACUUCAAAAGAGGAAAGAAAAGGUACUCUUUUUAACAGCCUAUUACCUUUGUAAAUAAGGGAAUGGCCUCAUGGAAGCCUCCGAUAAACGAGCAGAAAAAAAA